AAUCUCCUCGAUAUAGUGAAACUGUCCAUGAACUAGCUAACAAACAUUGUGUUAGUGAACCACGUAAAUCGUAUGUCGUGUGCUUUCUGUUUUAUUAUUCUUGCUUUCUCGAUUCUGACACAAAUGAAUUAAAAAAGGUCUAAUAAUGUCCCUUCCAACCCGGGUUAAUCUGGAGGUUUGUUUGGACUAUCUGGUCAAUGCAUAGGAUUGUAAAAUCAUAUUAGAGGCUGUAGCUAAAAGCAAAGAGGUCAUUACAUGAACUGUGAGGUGGGCCUUGGUUCGAUGCAUAAGCAAAGCAUUUAUUAGAUGGUUGACACCUAGAAAUACCCAAAAACACACAAACAUUGGGUGCGUUAUGUAGCAAGCAAUGGUAGGGUGGAAAUUUGGUUUUGUUUAUGCUUUUUUAUGUAUCGGGGGAGUGAGAGGGACUGCCAUAUGGGGACUAUGGGUAGGGCUGGGAAUUCAGACCAAACCGUAUGGGAAACCGUGGUCUGGACCAUAUCGUAUGGUUUGGUCUGGACCCUGAGACCAGAACUAUGGUCUGGUCUGGUUUGGUUUGUGGUCUCCUCCUUUAGUGUGUGGUCUGAAGUGGUCUGGACCGCGGUCUACCGCAGUAAACCGUAACAGACCGCGACACACUACCUACUGCCUUGGACAAAAAUAACACUAAAUUGAACCUUCAUAUGUGUAUUUGAAGAACAAAGUUAGUUGAUUCUUCAUCUAGUUGAGAGCCAAUAAAUUGCAAAAUGAUCGCUUAUAUGUUAUCUCCUUAUCAAAGUACCACACAAAAAUUAGAAAGACUCAUAAAUAAUAUUCACAGAUAAUGUCUAGACUAUGGAGUCGAUAAAAAUUAAACACUACAAAAAAAUUUGUUCACCUUGAUGAGAUAAGGAAAAUUAUUGAGAGAUAUGCGACCAUCUUAGUGGUUCAAAAUUACAUCGACGUCAUCAAAAAGGUUAUCAACUGGGAGAACCUUCGGAUCACUCGAGAGAGGAGAGAAGCGGUAGCACAAAGAAGAAUAGGGAAAUAAGGCUAUUUGAAAAUUGAAAAAACCCACUUCUAUUCUCAUAUUUCUUCUCAUUUAAUACGAUCACAAUUUUUUUGUUUCACUAGCAUAUUGGUCACUAGAUUUUUUUUAUAGAUACCGGUGAAGGGUUGGAGGGCGAACAAGAGUUACGUUUUUUUUUAACAUGGUCUGUCUGGUCCAGACCAUACCGGACCGCACCGCACAGGUGUGGUCUGGUCUGGACCGUAUAGUAUAUGGUCUGGUCCUGGUCUGUGUUCCAACUUCUCGGUCUGGACCACAGACCGUAUCUAUGGUCUGGUUUGGACCGGACCGCACCGUUUCCCACCCCUAACUAUGGGAGGGACACUUUUUGUUUGUGGGUGCCAAUUAUUAAUGCAAUAUGCUGAGAGAGGGAGAUGGCCAGAUGGGGAAGAAAUGAAUUUUGGGGAAGAAAGGGUUGCAUUUAGGGGUGUGCAACGCUUUCUUCCCCGAAAUUCAUUUCUUCCCCCAUCUGGCUAUCUCCCUCUCUGGUCAACCGAGUUUACCGUUAGUCAAAGUCCACCUCACUUGCCACGUCAGCUAGCAGGAAAUAUAAAAUAUUUUUUUGGAUUUUGUUUAAUUUCUAAAAUUAAUUAAAAAUAAUUUGGAGAACUCUUUUAAUUAUUUUUUUUCGUUUAUUAUUUUUAUUGUUAGAAAAUAAACAAAAUUCAAAAAAUUCAAAAAUUAAUUUUUUAUUCCCUGAUAGCUGACGUGGCAAGUGAGGUGGACCUUGAGUAACGGUCUAAUUUAACGGUCAAACCCGUCUCCGGGCCAAACAAGAAAGUAUGCUACAUAGUUUAGGCCAGAAUAGCAAUUUCCGAUACCACGGGCCAAAGUAAAAAGUUUGUCUAUAGCAUCAUAGGGUUGAUGGCCUUUCUCUUCCUUCUUUGUCAGAGGUUGUUUGUUUGAUGGGUUUAUUUCGUUGUUUGCUUUGUGUAUUUGAAAAUAACAAAAAUGUGAGAUUCGCGAAUUUUGAGGUUUGAAAUUCCAUCUCAAUAGGGGAGAAUUGAUUACAGAUUUUGAAAUUCAUCAUUUGUGACCAACUAUCUCUCCUAUUUUCUUUCUUUUCUCAUACCAAUAAGGACAAUAAAAGGUAAUUUCAAAUAUCAAGUGUUAAUAAAAUCUUCAUUUUUCAAAUUCACGUAGCAAACGACCCUUCUUUUUCGUCUGAAUCUCUAAUUCUAUUCUCUAGUCCUUUUAAACUAUGUCUCCAAUUGUAUCAAAAUCUAUCUUUUAUCUUAGAAAUUUAUGUGCAUUGUCAAACAACUUAUUGAUUGUAAAAAUCAUGACAUAUAUCCUUGUCUGAUUAGCUAUCGAUGUGGAGAUGCGAAAACCAUAGCUCUAUACAAAGAGCCGAACCUGUAUUGAAUUUUGACGGGGUUCAAAUGAAGCGGCAUCAUUCUGAAGAGCUUCUUUGGCCCUUGCUUUGUGCAAAAUGCAAAGACAGAUUCAAUAUGUUUGUUUUUGGUUAACCUCUUCUUUUGUGCCGUGUUUGUGUUCUUUAGGGGGAGCGGUUCUCUUGCGGCAGCUUUUGCAUCGCUUGUUGAGCGAAACAGCUUCUUUCUACCUUUUCUUUGGCCAUCUCUUUUCUCCUCUCUAAUUUAUGUGAUGCGUGUUGUUAUCAGAACAGCCUUGUAUUGUGUGGUGGCCAAUAUGCAAAGUAAACCAAAAUGCUCUCUCAUUCUUUCUAGCUACGGACGAGACGAGAGAGAGCUAUCGAAUCAGCCUUAUACAAUAUGCAUACAGCUUUUCCCCGCCGUAAAUGCCAAUUUUCUAUUCUCUUCCACCCCCUUCAAUGCCGUAUCAGUAUCAAGUUUAUCAUACACUACUUAUUCCUUUUUCCAAAAUAGACAUAUAGUGAUCGCCAUUUUACCGUGCUUGCUAGCUAGUGCACGACUUUCAAUUAGCCAAGAAACCAUGUUUUGAGAUCAACUAAGUAUUUCAAGGGCCAGUAACCACAUUUUGGUUAUUGAAUGCGAAUUUUUUUUCUCUAUUAAAUUUAAUCAGUUUAUCCUUUUCUUUUCCAUUCAAAAUUUAAAAUUUUCAAGGAAAAAAUAGAUUAAUCGUGUUGCUGGAAAUGACAUUGACUUUGAUAUAUUUUGAAAUAAAAAAAAUUAAAAUAUGUAUUAACGGUAUAUAUUAUGGUGGUAAUGUCCUAUAGUGCAUAAGAACAUGCCAUGAUGGUAUGAAAGUAUAUUAUGGUUGAAGGAUGCAAAGUUUAUUGUUAUGUCAUAUUGCUAUGUCUAUUCCCACGUAUCAGAUUCUAGAUUGGAAAUCAAAAGUACAGUCCUAUUCCAUCAAGAAAGAUUCUAUGAUAGGGUAUCCUAGUAACUAAAGAAUUAGUACCAUGGCUAAUGACAUGGAGAAGGAAAGAAGACAAGAGGAAAAAGACAAGGCUGGGAUACAAGAGACAAGGCCAGGCACCUGACAUCAGCAAGGACAAGGGGCAGGGGGACACCCUCUGUCAAAAAGGACUAUGAACAGUGUCAGAAGGUCUGAGGCGCCCGACCAGAGCAUUUAUGGCUUGGCAGGCGCCCAGACCACUACCUAACCCUCAAAUGUGUAUAAAUAGGAGUUCUCUCCUCAUAAAUGGCAAUCUAUCUACUCUUACUCUAACUUCUCUCUACUUUCUCUCUCUAUAUACUUCUUCUCUUUUCUCACUUCUGCUGAGGUGGGGCGCCUACCCCCUCAAAGUCAUGGCUGACGCCCCAAACCCCUUGGAUCCGAGUGACUCCCAGUCGCCCGGGCUCAAACAAUUGGCGCCCACCGUGGGGCCAAGCAUGACUUUGAAAGACGCUUCCAACUCAAAGAAGGGGGAAGAAAGGAGUCUGGCACCAACGAAGACCCCUAUCAAGCAAGUCGUUGGUCGAGAAGCGAUCAACCCUCAACCACUCACCAUCCAAAGUUUGGAAGCAUCCGACGACGACGAUCCAUCAGGAGAGGGAGAAGACACGGAGCGCCUGGAGGGCCAACUAGCGAAGCUUCGGGAAAUGCAAGCACUUCAAAUGGCCAGCAUGCAAGGCCAACUGGAUCAAGUCAUGACCGCGUUGUCAGCACUAACAAAGGCAAACGAUCACGCGCCUCCCAAUCCCCAAGAAGCCACAGAGGAGAGGAGGCGCCUCCGAGGAAAGAUGCAAGAGGUUGAGGUGCUACCCAUGAACUCCCCACGGGAGGGUAUGGGCGCCUCACUCAACGAGGACGCAAUUGAAGCUGACGACGAUGUCUACCUGGAGAAGUACGCCCGACUCAACUACGGUGCCUCGGAAGAAAGAAGCGCCCUGGAAUUUUUGUAGGGGGAGGGGCGCCCUUUAAGUAGGCGUAACCCAAAGACACCCUAAGAGAGGCAAAAGCGUGCUAGGAGGAGUCCUUUUAUUCAAUUUAGGUUGGUAAUGUUAGGAAUUUUCGGGGAAAGGGACACGCCCUGGCGAUACCCCAUGUAAUUCCCUAUUUUGCUCAAGGAACGGAUAUUCACUACUCGGCAAUGCAAAGCUAUCCCUAUUUUAACAGAUGGAGUCACCCCAGACUCGCUUCCUCCGUCGAGGAGAAGCCUAAGCGUGUUACCACCUUCUCAGGGGUACACGUAAGAAAAAUCAAGUUUUGCUUAAGGUAGUCAUCUUAACAAAACCGGGUGGUGUCAUAUUGCUCAAGUCAGUGCCUAAGCGUUUCACUAACCUUGUUAUGUCAUAUUGCUAUGUCUAUUCCCACGUAUCAGAUUCUAGAUUGGAAAUCAAAAGUACAGUCCUAUUCCAUCAAGAAAGAUUCUAGAUUGGA